UUUUAACUCAAUGUCCAUAUUUGGAGCGGCCUUGGCUGACCCGGAAAUAAAGCAAAACGCGGAAGAACCAGGAACUGGAUACCACAAAUUUAUUAAUGCACAUCGAUAAACCGUUAUUCUCAAUAUAUUAGAUGUUACGAAAGGUUUGAGAAUCAGAUAUUUUUUGGAAUGGGGAAUCUCCUGAAGAUUCUUAUGAAAGAUGAAACUUCAAAAGACGCAAAAGACGUAUUUGUUGAUUUUGAAAAUGCACAACCCACAGAGGCUGAACGAACAGUUUAUGAUAAAGUAAAAAUCGUUCUUGAAAAAAGUCAGACUAUACUUAAAGAUAUACAGCAAUACACAGGAGCAACCGAAGCAAUUAGACAGGCUAUAUCUAAUCCAAAAUCAGAUGAUUUACAAGACAAGGCUUGGCAAUCAGUAUGUCCGCUUGUUGGAAAAUUGAAAAAUUAUUAUGAAUUUUCCAAUGAAGUAGAUGGAAUUGUACAAGAAUUACUUCAAGUGUUGUGUUCCAAUGAUUUAUCCCCUAGAGAACAUUUAGAGCAGCAGCAAGCUUUGUUUAGACAGUUCGCAGAUAUUUUAGAUUUUGUACUUCGUUUUGAUGAUCUGAAGAUGACCAACCCCUCCAUACAGAAUGAUUUUAGUUAUUACAGAAGAACAUUAAGUAGGAUGAAAUUGGCAAAUGAGGAACAUAUAGUUGAAAAUAUAGUGUCUAAUGAAAUGGCAAAUAGAAUAGCUUUGUUUUAUGCUAAUUCUACACCUAUGUUAAAAGUUUUAAGUGAAGCUACAACAAAAUUUGUAUCAACACAUAAAGACUUACCAGUAGAAAAUACAACAGAUUGUUUGAGUACAAUGGCAGAUAUAUGUAAAGUAAUGAUUGAAUCUCCGGAAUUUACAUCACGCUUCCAAAGUGUAGAGACCAAAUUAUUCUGUUUACGUGUAAUGGUUGGAGUGAUCAUACUUUAUGACUAUGUUCAUCCUGUUGGUGCUUUUGCUAAGGGUUCAUCAAUAGAUAUAAAAGGUUCCAUAAAAGUUCUGAAGGACCAAGAACAAAGACGAGUGGAAGGUUUAUUAAAUGCUUUAAGGUAUACAACUUUACAUUUAAAUGAUGAAUCUACACCAAAAACAAUCAAGUCCAUGUUAGCCACCAAUUAAUUUUAUAGUGCUAUAUGUCAUGUGAUUGUCAUGUGAUUUACAACGAUAGAAAAACAAUGUGAUGUGAUGUAAUGUUUUGUUGUUUGUUAUACCUUUUUAUAGAAAUUAUAUGCAUAUUUGUUAAGAUUUUCAUAUUUUGUAUGAGCUAUUUUGUAAACUUUUUUUCAAAUGCUUUAUCUUUUUCUGUAAUAUUUCAGAGUAGUAAUUUUUAUUAUUAUGAAUUGUUUAUGUUUAAAGCUGUUUUGCUCAUUGGAGAUGGAAAAAAAUAACUGUUAGUAGCAAUAUGUUAAGUUUGUUCUUAAAACUGUAAAACCGGUGUUGCGUUUAUUACACUGAUUUGAGAAUAAUCAUACUUUAAUGGACUUUUUUUUUCUUUUCUUCAUUUUCUUUGACCAGCUUUUAUAUAAUAGUUGCCCUCAAUAAUAUUGAUAAGAUUUAAAGCACAUCAAGGGUUGUUUACACAAUGAAAAACCUAUUUGGUCAGUAUGCCAUUAUUCUACCUUUAUGAUCUGUCUGUUUUUCAAAGUUUUUAAUUAUUUGGCUAUAAGUUUAUCCAAUUUUGUAUAAGUGACAGAUAAAUUGUUUAUUCUUUAAAAAACAAUAAAACAUAAGUACAAAGAAACAUACAAUACAUAUUAAAACAUGCAAUAGUAUGUGAAAAAAGCUGCAGUUUUAUUUUAAAGGCAGUUUUGCAUAGCCGCUGUGGAUGAUCUCUGUCUACACGGUAAAUCUUUUUAUAUAUUUAGUAAAAUACCAAAUAUUUGAAGAAACAAAAUACAUUUUGAUAUGUUUUUCACAUGCAAAUGUAGUUUUUCGAACAUACACUAAUUUGAUGAUUUAUCUGAGAUUUUUUUACCAGAGACAGAUUAAAAUCUUUUGAAAGUAAUUGGUGAAUUGUAUGAUAUUUACUAUAUUCACUGAUGAUACAAUAAAACUAAAAUGAUAAAUCUAAUUAAAUGGCCAGACAACUUUUUUGUGUGUCUAUGAGUUGCUGUCUCAUUGGCAUACCUAGAUCUCAUUUUUUUUAUUUUUUUUAAACGACUGACAUAAUUUGCUAUAGCAAUCUUUGGUACUUGACAUGAAUCUUAAUAAUAUUUCACUCUCAAACCAUUCUGAGAAAUAAACAUGAUUGAUAUUGUAUGGUAAAAUCUGGAGAGAGCAGACAGCUUAUAACAAUCACUGGAAUAUAUGUUGUGGAUUUUGUUUUGCUCAAGGACCACUUAUUUCUUAACCAACCAGAUAACUGCAAUUAUUUGUGCCAUAGAUGUUGUAAACUCAUCUGUUUUUGUGUCUAGAGAUAGAAUAUGGAAUCAUUUAUUUAUAGACUGAAAUAUUUUAGAUAGAUAGUCAAAUAACACAUCAAUACACAGUCAACCAAUGGCAAAAGAAAAGAUAACAAAAUAAAAUUACAAGCUUAUUUUAAAUGAUUGGUAUAGAAGAAAAACAAUACUUUCAUUAUACUAAGAUGAUUUAUAAAACAACUUCAGUGCACUCAUGAAUAUAACAUAUUUGAUUUUUCUAGACAUAUUAGAUGCACGUUAUUAAUCAGGGUUUUAACUAAUAGUUGCUCAUGCUAUGAGAGAUCUGUUUGUGUGUGAAUCUGCUGCUUCAUGAUGAUAUAUGUUGUUAUUGUGCUGAAAAUUCAUCAUUUGGAUGUGUGGAAUUGUACUUCAUUUUGCUUUGUUUACUUUUUUGUAUACUUGAAAUGGAAUUUUUAAACAUUUGACUUUUGUAAAAAUGUUUACUCACCUCUAGGGACAUUUUUCUGCUGGACCAAUUUUAAAAUGUUUAUGAAAGAAAUAUAAGAUUCAAAUUCUUUAAUUUCUUCACACUUUUCUAACCAACUAAGUUUAAUAAUUUUUUAAUUUUUUAAAUAAAACAACUUUUGAAGCUUUUUGUUGGUAUACAAUCUAAUUUGAUAUGUAUAUGACUUAAAACUAUCUUUUUUGUGUGUUGUCCUAAAGCCCUUUUUGUAUCACAAUGAAUCAUUGUUGACUAUGUUGCUAUAUUUUCCCAAAUAUCAGCAACCAAUUUAGAAAUAUCUUAGUGUUUUAGUAUGUGCUUUGUAAUCAAGACAUUGAAAUGUUAUGUAUGAUAAAUAUUAUGACAAAAGAUGCAUUUAUAACCUUCAAGUUUCAUAGUAGAGUUGAGAUUUUAAGUAAUUAAGGGCCAUUUAUGUUAAGAUAAUAUUUAAUCAUAGUGUUUUCAUAAAUAUCUUUGGAGAGCACUGAAGUUUACUGCAAGCAUAUAUUUUCCAAAAAAGAAAAAGAAAACAAAAAUAAUGCAUAAUAUACAAAAUUAACAGGUCUUCCCUCUAGGAUCCAAGAAGAUUAUGGCAUGUGAUGUUGCAAGCCCAAACCAUUGCUAGCAUUCAGAAAGUUGUCUUCCAAAUGAAACAUUUGAAACACUUUGUUCUGAUAUCAAUAUUUUUUCAAAUUUGUUAGAACAUAUCCUUUUAUAAACAGAGUUCUGUAUAAAAAGCAGGUUAAUGCCAUUCUACACUGCCUAAUGUAUAGUUUUAAUAAAUUUAUUUUUUAGUUGUGUUCAUAUUUCUGAGGGAUCAUAAUCAGAGAAAAUCUUUAUCAGAGUAAAUAUAAUACAUUUGAUAUGAUAGGGUAGGAACAUAUGUGCCACACACAAUUUUUCACUACUUUCUGUAUAAUUUUAUUUUAUAGUCUUUUAAACAUUUUAUAUUUUGUAUAUGGAAUAAUAAACUAAACAAACUCACAGUCACAUCAUAUUAAAGUGUAUUGUGAUAAUAUUCAAAUUAAGGGUAUAUCCACAAAUGUAAUGUCAUUACAAUGGUUUUUAAAUUAGGUCAUAUUGUAAACUUGUCUAAUAUUUUGCUCCUUGCACUUUACCAAUUUGGGUUUUAAAGAAUCUUUUUGACUAAAAUAUUUUCCCUAUCAAAGACUCAAUUUUCUUUUUCGUCUGUGAGAGUAUAAGCAUGUUAUAACAUUUUGUAUUCUUUUUUCAAACAACUGUUUUUAGUCAAUUAAACCUGUACACACGAAAUAUCAAUUACUGUUUGUAUCCAUUGAUGUAUGGGAAUAAAUAUUUUGGUGGUCAGCUGAACCUUCACAAUGAAUUAGAUUGAUUUUAUAUAUUUAUCAAAAUGUAUACCUUUUGACUAGACACCUAUAAGAUCCCUUGGAUAAUUUGGUCAUAACAUGUUAAAAGCAAGGGAACAGAUACUACUUGGUAACAAGUAAUGCAAGUUUCGUAUAAUUCAUUUCAGUUAUAUGAAUGCCAGUUUCUUAUGAUUAAUUUCAGUAAUGUGUUAUUUUAAAUGCCACACAUUGUUUUAACCAGUAUUGAUAGAUGUCUACUAAGAAUGUAAGAGAUGGUAAUAUAAUUUUAUAAAUUAGUGUAACUUAUAACCACUAUAACCAUAUGUGUACAUAAAUUAUUGACAUUCCAAUAUCCAAAAACAUAUUUAAACCAUUCCAAUCAAAUUUAAUAUAUUUUGUAAUAAAAAUCCAUUUGUAACAUUACCUUUUUAUUUAUUACUUUAUGUAAGUACAAACAUGUAUCAUAUUCCUACUUUGAAAUUUCUUUAAAAACACUAAAAACCUCAGGAAAUAAGAGUUCUAUUGCUUUUCUUAAAGUUGACAACUUAAAGAGAAGUUUUGCUGUUCGAGAGGAGUAUUAGUUUUGAUAAUGCCAAACGGCCUGAAAUUAUUUUUUGCAACUGACAUAUCUUUGUUUUUUGCUGGCAGUCAUUUUGUAUGCUACAAGAUAUAUCAUAGAAGUGAGCUUUGUAGACAUAAGCAUAAGACAUAGAGUGAUUCAUUUGUUUACAAUCUGAUGCCCGGUCAGUUUAUUCUGUAAAAGGAAAUAUUUCACAUUACCAAACACAGCCAUCCGUCAUAGAACAUAUGUUUUAAUAUGGUAUUACCGGUAUAAUGUGCCAAAUAUUACUGACUGGAAUAAUGACAAGAGUUUUAUUGGUAAAUUCUUAAAUGUAGCAGAUACAUGAUUUGUUGAUGUGGAUAAAUGUUUUAACUCUUUAUUGGAAUUAUAGUAUUCCAAAUUUUCUUGUAAAAUGAAACUUAAUAGAGUAGUGAGGUUCAUAUUUCAAAUUUUUAAAAAUCCAACAGUUGUCAUAAUUAAUUUGUUUUGUCCUUAUAUAUUGAGUCGAUUUUGGUUUAUAAAUGCAUAAUGGUUUUUGAUUUUGAAUGGCCUACUUUUUUUACGGGAUUAUGAUCAUGUAGAUAUUGCACUGAAAAUAGUGUUGUUAUAGAUCAAUCAUGUGUUCUUUUGAAAAAAAUAUAGAGCCGUGUCAUGUUGCAUGCAAGGGCUUUUUUAUUGAAAAGAAACUACUAGUUUUUCUAUUACAUUUAUAGGACAAAUUUGCAAGAGAGAAACUCUUACAUUUGCAGUUGUUAAAUUUAAGUAUUUGUUUGCUGCUGGGUGUAGAUCCUAUAUGUACUUAUAUUUCAAAGUAAUAUUAAAAAAUAGAAAAACAGAUUUUUAAAAACAGAUAGUGUUCAAAUGGUAUGUAGUUGUUGAAAAUAAUUUUUAACACAGUAUGCUAAUACAUGUAUUCCAAAAUAUUUCAAAAGUAAUAUUAAAAAUGUAAAAAUAUUUCAAAAUUAAUAUUUAAAAUGUACAAAAACAUAUGUUUUAGAUACAAAUACAGUGUUUGAAUGGUAUAUAGUUAAGAAAAUAAUUUUAACAUAGCAAUUAUAUCAUUAAUAUAUCAUUAAAUGUCUUGUUUUUCUGUUAUGAAAAAAAAUAUGUCAGUAUUGAACACUCAAGUAAAUCAGUUCUCGUCUUUCUAUGCAAAACCUUUGUAUUAAAUAUAUAAAAAUUCUAUUGCUGAAUCUUCAUUAUGGAUUUAAAAUCAUUGCAUAAUUAUUCAAUAUGAAAACUUGUUAUGUCCCUUUGACCCUUAAAUCCAACUGCAGCUCUGAUCAAUGUCAAAUGUAACUUACAUUUAUUUUUUUAAGUGCAGUAGAUCUUGUUCAAGCUGUGCAAGUUUUCAAAUAACACAAAUCCAUUUUGCUAGUUUUAGUUUAUGAUUUGAAAUUGAUCAGCAUAGCAGAAUGAAGAGAUUUUCCAAGAGAUUAUCUGUAUAACUGAUACAACAGGUGUUGAAAUUUUAGGGUUCAGUUAAAGAUUUUACAACUCAUGGGGCCAAAUAGAACUUACAAAAAUAUUUUCUAUUAAUAUUAAUAAUAGACCAUAUAUCAGAUGGGACCACAACAGAAAGCAUAAAAAAAUAAAUACUUAUAAAGUUAUUAAUAGACUACACAAAGGAUGGGACCAUAGCAGAAAUUACCAAAUAAUAUUUAUCAAGUUCAAAUUAAUUUUUGAAAUAUCCUCCUACAAUAUCUAUCUCUGAUCUAACAAAAGCACAUUGAUUGACAAUACUACCCCUCCUGUAUGUUUGAUAGAACAGAUUACUGCUUUGUUUGUCUAUAUUUUUACCAAUUUUUACAAAAGUUGGAUGCAAAAAGAAGAAUUGAUUUACUAUUAGAUCUACAUCUGAUGAAUUUUUGUUGUGUUACAAAUAUAAUGUGUAGCUGGCUUUUCAUCUACUGUAAAUUAUGACAUUAAAGCCAUUGGACUGUA